GAAAAAAUGGGAAAGUACUAUUGCAUAUUAUGACACCAUACUCAGAUAUUUGAAAUAUUAUACAUUUAUAAAACGCAACUUCCAUGUAAUUAAAUAAAAAAUUAUGUAUAACUGAUAUAUUUUCAUAACAGCAAAAUGAUUAUAUAAAAACAUUUGUGAAACAAAUACCCAUGAUUACCUUGCUUUUAUUCACUUUAGUUCUACCGAUUUUUAAGUUCAGAACAAACAGUCGCACGCGCAAUAGCGCUCAGGCAGUAAGAAAGGAUAGAUCGAAGUCAGUGGAUGGCUCACUAAUUCUCUGGUAGUUGCCCAUUUAUUAUACAAAACCAGUGUAACAACGUAGAAUUGACCUGAAAUUAUAAUAGUGAUAAUAUAACCUAGUUUAUUUUACUAUUUAUAUAAUAACAUUUUUAAAACAAGUGAAAAAUAAAGAGUAAUACUCACUUAAACUUUGUUUGCAGUGACUUAAGUUAUGUAGACAAUAGUGCAUUUUUUACUGAGAAUUAUAAAGUACAUACUUUAUAAACAGUUAUUCCAAAUGAUGGAUACAUUUAUAACACCAAUGAAUAUGAAUGCAUGUAAAUGACAGUAAUUGACAAUUAACUAAUCGCAUUAUACAUGCCUCGCAAAAGAAGAAAAAAGCCUGAUACGUGAAAAUAUGAUGGUAAAAAUGUGCGAAUUAAAACGAUAAGUGAUCAAUUUAUCGAGCUUCUGGUUUUAUGGUUUAAUUAUACAAACGAUGGCAUCCACAAAAGACAAAUGGAUGAGACGUUUUAUUAUUCCCGGAACGACACGACAUAAGAAAGGCUUUACUAUCUACAAAGUCACAUCUGUGGUAUUUUUAAAAUCUUCUCAUGAAGAAAUAUCUAAAGUAUCUGUAUGGAAGCGUUAUAAUGACUUUAAGAAGCUUCAUUCGGAAUUAAGCAUUCUAUGUGCACGCUCUCAAAUUAAAGAGAGUUAUCCAUCAUUUCCAAAGCCAAAAUUUUUUGGCAGAUUUGAAGCUGAAGUUAUAGAAGAAAGAAGGGAAUGUGCAUUAAAAUUUUUAGAAUUUGUAGGAAGACAUUCAUAUUUAUUUUCUAGUGAUAUUUUCAUAAAAUUUUUUGAAACUAGUCAUGAGGAUUAUUCUGUGAAUGACUGUUCAGAAUCUCUUAGUUCUGAUACAUCUGUAGAAGAUGAUCGUCAUAUUCAUGUAAAUCAUUCACCCACUGAUAGUAUUGUUUCUCAAAGUAUUUUUGAGCCUAAAGUCAUUCAUAGUUCUAUAUUACCUAUUUCCAUGUCAGAAAAUGAUACAAGGUAUUCUCAAGAAACAUGUAAAUCUAAAGAAUUACAAUAUGUACAGUUAAAUGACACAAAGUCUAAGAUUGAAGAUAAACAAACAUCCAUGACAAAACAUGCAAAUGAUAAUUUGCUUGCAAAGGAUAACAAUAUAGACAAAAGUAUAUGCAGCAUAGAAGAUAAGCAAAUAAUUUGUAAGAAAAAUAACAAUUGCUAUGAAGAUUCAAAUCAUAAUUUUCAGAAUGACAAAGAUUGUGCAAUUACACAAACAUCAAGUAAUACAAACGUUAAUACAUUCCCUGCAGAUGCAAAUACUUUGGUAACAAUGCACGAUGGUUCUGAUUUACCACAAGUGUGGUCAGAUUCUUCACAAUACAUUUUAGUUGCAGCUGCACAUAUGAAUGCAGCCUUUAAACAUGAAGAUCUUACAGAGUAUGAGGAAGCAUUUACCCAGUAUAAAAUGGGAAUCUCUAGUUUACGAUCUGGGGUUGAAACAGAUUCAAAUAAAAUAAGGGCAGAAAUAAUUAAAGAAAAAAUAUCAAAAUACUUAGAACGUGCUGAAAAACUUUAUAACAGAUAUCUCAAUUGUAAUAUAUCUUUGUUAAGUAAACCUAUUUCAGAGCUUCAACAUUACAAGGUGUUAAAAAUUUUGAAAACAGCGAUGCUUGUAAAAGAUGUACGCAGAAACUGCCUCAAUAUUGUAAAAACUAUAGAAAAAUCUCCAUCGAAUAAAGAAAAUAUAAGUAAUUAUAUAUUACGUGGUCAAGUACCAUAUAUGGUACAAUUACAUGCAUGCAUUGAUACAGAAACAAGAGUAUUCUUAGUUUUACAACAUCUAAGCCGCGGAAAAUUGUGGGAUUUUAUAACAUUACAUUAUACCCCGUCUAACAACAAUAGAUCAUGUGAUAAAAUAAUAAUGGAAAAUAAUAUUGAAAAAUCUGUCAGUGAUAGUAACAUUAUUUUGGCGAAAAAUAGUAUCAAAAAUAAAAUUGAAGGAACAGCAUCAUUAGAUAAUUUAAAAUUGAUUAGUACAAACUCUAAAGUACAAAUGACGAUAAAUCCAGUGUCAGUAGAUAAAAAAGAUGAAAUACAUAGGGAUCUAUCUACUACACAAUUAUUAGAAAAGGCGCAAAUACUGUUACAAUCAGUUAAUGCAACAUUAAAAGAAAGUAAUACUGUAGCCAAUCGAUUACGUGAAUCUGAUUACUUGAACCAUGACUAUAAUACUAAUUUCUUAAAUCUUAAAAAUAGUAUAAACCAAUCUAAAAAUUGGACAGAAGUACCAGGGGAUAUUAACAAGGUAUCACUAGAAAUUGAUAAUAAAAGUAAAGAUGCUACAGUCGAAAAAAUACCUGAAAAGAAUGUGAUAAUUUCCAUUUACUUAUCAGUAAAUGAUAAUAAAAAGGUAAAAAGUCAAUGUAGCACUGACAAUUCAUCACUAAGUGAUAGUUUUAGAGACCUUAGUUGCGAUGAAAAGGAAUCUACAAGUUCUUCGACAGACAAUUUAAAAACUGCUGACAAAUAUAUUACAAUAGAUCAUCAAAUUAGCGAUAAAUCAGAUAAUGUUACAAAUAAUUUUGAAUUUAAAAAAUCAAUAAAAUCUUACGAUAAAAAUGAGAAAAAUAAUUAUUACGCAUCGGUCGAUGAACAGAUACAUCAUGGUGACAUCACAAUGGAAUCUAUAAAGAACACCAUGGAUGAUGAUGAAGUUCUGUGGACAAUACCAGAAAAUGUAAUUCGCCUUUGGGCUGCUGAAAUACUUUUAGCAUUAGAAGCAUUACAUCAACAGGACGUUGUAGUGUUUGAUUUAAAACCAGAUAGUAUAUUACUUGACGACAAUGGACACGUUCAACUAAAAUAUGUUAUACCCACUCAUAACAUAGAUUUAUUGAAAUAUAAGCACCCUUAUGCAUCUCCUGAAUUAUCUAUGUUUUCACCAAUGAUUCGUCUUACUUCAGCUACGGACAUUUGGAGUUACGGAGUAAUCUUAUAUGAAUUAUUAGUAGGCAAUAAAUUUCAGAUGAUGCAUCCAAAUGUAUUUCAAUCACAUUCCCUACUUAGCAUUCCUUGCAAACUGUCGGAGAAUGCGAAAUCCUUGCUACUUAAUCUACUAAAACAUGAGCCAAGUGAAAGGUUGACAAUAUCCGAGAUAAAGCAACACCCCUUCUUUAAAGAAAUUGAUUGGUCAAGUUUGGUAGAUACAUUCUAUGAUUGGUAAGAAACUUUACCACCUGUGAAGUCCCCAAAAAACAACUUCAGAUAAUUCUUUCGUAAAGAAAAAAAAAAUAUAUAUAUAUAUGUAUAUUUAGACAAGUUUCGUUGUAUACUUAUGUACUUAAAUGCUUAAAAAACGAACACUUCAGAAACAUUUCACAAUAAAUUAUUAUGUUUCAGAUUUAACUUUUUCCGUAAGGAAUUUAAUGUAUUGAUUAUGUUUAAUAAUCGCGAGUCAUUGUAAGAUUAUUUAAAACUUAAUGUAUAAAAAUUAGUUUAGUAUUUGAAGAUCUUGUGGAAAAAAGUUCUUAUAAAACAAUGCCUUUUUUCUUAAUUUUUUUAAAACUGCAUCCUAAGGUUCUGAAAUGUUCUGAUCCCACAUUAUUGUACAGAAAUAGUUACGUAAAAACUAAUUAUUAGGUAAUAUAUUAAAAUAUGUAAUUUUUCAUUAUAGGUAGAAAAAAUAUUAAUUUAUUUAUACAAGUAAAUCUAUGUUACCUUAAA